GACACAUUUAGUCAUAUACUGUCACCCUCUUCAAUAGUUGAUUUAGUCAUCAUGCUCUGCAGCCUUUCCUUCACCAUAACUCAAGUUACCUAACCCAACCCAACCACACCCAACCCGACCCAACUAGCCCUCUUGUUUAAAAUCCACGGCCAAUGAUUGGAAUAUGAGAGAAGGAAAUUGAUAUGACUACCCCUUUAUAAUAAUAGUUAGUACAAUACUAAGAAUCAGGAAUAUGUAAAUUUAAUAAUAAUCAAAAUCAAAUUAAUUAAGAGUUCUGAAAAUUCGGAGGAGAGAGGAACAAGUCCAUAAAUUAUUGUGAAAAACAAAAUCCAUGCAGCACAACCACAACUCCUUCUAUAAUGUAUAGAGACACUUUUUAUUUUAUUACAAACAAAAAUAAUAAUAACAAUAAUAAAUAAGAAAAAAAAAAAAUAGUGCAAUGCAAAAUACUCAUUAUUCGUGGACCCACCUUAUAUAUAUCUUGAAUGACUCAUCUAUUGCUCUAACACACAGAGCAAAGCAAGAGAGAGAAAGAGAGAGAGAGAAAAUGAGCUCAAUGGUGUCUGGUUACAAACAAAUGGUGAUUACAGGUUCAGAAUCCACAAGCACAGGCAACACAACAACCAAAGGAGCCCUCCAGCUCGAGGUUGAAUGCGUAAAAUGCUACUCUUGUGGCUUCACAGAAGAGUGUACUCCCGCGUACAUCUCACGCGUCCGAGAACGGUACCAGGGCCGUUGGAUAUGCGGACUUUGCGUUGAGGCGGUCAAAGACGAAGUCCUCAGGUCAGAUAGGCUCAUCACAACAGAAGAAGCUCUCAAUCGCCAUAUAACUUUCUGUAAGAAGUUUCGUUCAUCGAAUCCUCAUCACAAAGAAACAGAGCACCCAAUCUUCGCCAUCGGAAAGAUUUUACGCCGGAGUUUGGAUUCCCCAAGAGCGCUUCGUUCCAAUUCAAGUAGCUCUCUCGAAACUGUCAAAAGGGUUUCGACCCCUUCUCUGGUUCGUUCCGGUAGUUGCUUUUCUUCUCUAUCUAGCUGAAGAAUCCUCACCAAUCUACAGAUUCAUUCAACUCAUAGUAUCAAACAGGGGAACUCUGUUUUUCUUGUUCUUUUUUUUCUUUCUCUUUUGUUAGAUUAAUACUAAGUUUAUCUGAUGAACUUUGCAUUGUAAAUAAUAUCUUUUAUUAUAAUAAAAUUCUCAUACGUUGAAGUGCUCAA